AUGCGACACGACUUUACGGAGCCAUCUCGAGCCAUAUUCGUGCAAAAUGACCUGCGCCACUUCGUGGGGUCCCCGGCUCAGCAAAUGAUCGUAGUAUUUGUCAAGCACCUGAACGAAAGUGUGAAGGGAAAGCGCAUAUCGAGUGACUACGAAGUGUCUCCGAACGUGCAGAAGGCCGUGGACCUCGUGCACGAGAUCGACUCCUGGAUCGAUGAGAUUCCACCCAUUCAGCAGCCAAUGCGCUUUGGCAAUCAAGCUUUCCGCACCUUUCACGAUCGCGUGCUCGAGAGAACGCGUGGAAUGCAGGAACAGACGCUGCCAGAAGAGCACCGGGAAGCUGUCAUUGAAUUAGCAGCGUAUCUCGAGGACUCUUUCGGAAACCGCGUCCGGAUCGACUAUGGCACGGGUCACGAGACGAGCUUCAUUGUGUGGAUGUGUUGUCUGCACAAGAUUGGCUUUUUCAAGCAGUCGGACUUCCCAGCACUGGUGCUGCGGCUGUUCAAUUCGUACCUGACGCUAAUGCGCCGACUGCAGAAGCAGUACAUGCUGGAGCCAGCAGGCUCACAUGGUGUCUGGGGACUCGAUGACUACCACUGCCUGCCAUUCUACUUUGGGUCUGCCCAGCUCAUUGGACAGCACGAGAUCCUGCCUGAAAGUGUGCACGACGACAGUGUGCUCGAAGCGAAUUGCCAGGAGUACUUGUAUCUCGACGCAAUCAAGUUCAUCAAGGAAGUGAAGGCAGGCUCGCCCUUUGCCGAAACGUCCCCGAUGCUGAACGACAUCAGUGCGCUACCCUCGUGGGAAAAGACCAACAGCGGCAUGCUCAAGCUGUACGAGGGCGAAGUCCUGAAGAAGUUGCCGGUCAUCCAGCAUUUACGCUUCGGUACGCUGUUCCCCUGCACGUGGACGCCAAGCCACAAAGCCGACGACGGAUCGACGUAUACUCCAGUGAGCACGCGUCCAGGAACGAGCGUCCGUGCUCCUCCGACUUCUGGUCUAGAAGAUGUGUCGACCAAAGCGCCAUGGGCUACUGCCACAGCGCCUGCAGCUGUACCGACCACUUCGAUGCCACCCGUGUGUCAAGCUAAACAGACACCGAACAAGUGA